AUGGCUUCCGUCAAUGGCACUACCAAGUCCGCUGACUUGGACUCCGCGCCAGCGUGGUCUCCAAGCUCUUGGACCUCGAAACCAAUCAAGCAAGAAGCCGUCUAUGAAGACAUGAAGAACGUAGAGAAGUCACUUGCAAAGCUGGAGCGUCUCCCGCCCAUUGUCACUCCCACAGAAAUAGAGAAACUCAAGGCAAGUCUUCGCGAUGUCGCUCUAGGUAAGGCCUUCCUCCUCCAAGGUGGAGACUGUGCAGAGCUCUUCGACUACUGCGAGGAGAAUGCCAUUGAGUCGAAGAUCAAGCUGCUGCUGCAGAUGAGCUUGGUCUUGAUUUGGGGAUCUAAUAAGCCGGUCGUCCGCAUUGCUCGUAUGGCUGGGCAGUAUGCAAAGCCUCGAUCCAGUCCUACUGAGCUUGUCAACGGCGUCGAGACUCCUUCAUUCAGAGGAGAUAUCUUGAAUGGCUUCGCUCUAGAUGAGCGAUCUCUCGAUCCAGCUCGUCUUGUCAGUGCCUACUUCCACUCUGCAACAACUCUCAACUUCAUGCGUGGGUCUAUUGCAUCCGGAAUCGCAGAUCUGCACCGUCCUCUCGACUGGGGACUUGGACACGUUCGUGAUCCAGAGCUACAGGCUAAAUACUCCUCCAUCGUCUCCUCCAUCACGGACUCCCUCCGCUUCAUGCGCACAGUUGGAGCAGACACGGCAGGCCAACUUCAAACCGUCGACCUCUUCACUUCUCAUGAAGGUCUCCUACUCGACUACGAGCAACGUCUAACUCGUCUCCUCAACAAUCCUACGAAAACCUCAUCACGUGCAAACUCUGUCUCAGACGACACCAAAUCCUACUACAACACUUCCGCACAUUUUCUCUGGGUCGGUGACCGUACAAGACAGAUAGAUGGCGCUCAUAUUGAAUACUUCCGUGGCAUUGCAAACCCUAUAGGUGUCAAGAUAGGUCCCACAACUUCCUCUUCCGACCUCCUUACCCUCCUCCGCACGCUCAACCCUGCUAUUGAAGUUGGCAAGAUCACACUCAUCACACGCUACGGCGCGUCCAAAGUUCGAUCCCUUCUUCCUACACACAUUAAGACAGUUGAAGGUAGCGAGUAUGCCCGCAGCGUGGUCUGGCAGUGCGAUCCCAUGCACGGCAACACAAGAUCCACUUCUACAGGCAUUAAGACACGACAAUUCGCUGAUAUCCUUUCGGAGCUUCAAGAGACUAUCGCAGUCCACAAAGAAGAAGGUAGCUAUCUUGGUGGAGUUCAUCUUGAGCUCACUGGCGAGGCCGUCACUGAGUGCACUGGCGGUAGCGAAGGCUUAAACGAGGACGACCUGUCUCUCAACUACACCAGUUUCUGCGACCCAAGAUUGAACGAGAAGCAAGCUCUUGAACUUGCAUUUCUGAUUGCAGGUCAUCAACGUGGGGAAGUGGCUCUGGCGUAG